GUGUGCUUCUGUUGGUGGUUUCCUGUGCCCGCUGCCACAAUUCUUAUCUCACGGGAGAAUUCUGGUCUAAAUACUGGGUCUCACGAUAUUUACAACUGUUGCUCGACCGGGCUGAGUCGUGCCUCACUAGUCGUCCGAUUUCGUGGGUCUUCCUGAGCCCCCCGGAGUCUAGUACAGGUUAUCUACAGUGCCCUUGCUCCUGUGGUCCUGCCACGCCUAAGGAUAUCAAGCAAACUUCCCACUCUUCCGUCUUCCUCGCCAACAAGCUCGUUCUUUUCUCAAGCUAGGAAUUCGGCUCUGGCCUCUCGUUCUCUGGUUGAUCUUUCUUUUUCCAGGGGGGGGAUUUGUAGCCCUUUCAUUCACCAUCGAGCUUGACCAUGAGGUGUUGAAUCGUCCCAGAGCUCGGUCAAAGAGGAAUUUAGAGUAACCGCCUCAGAUUCACCACAAUGGCAAUGGAGGGCGACGAAGACACUGUCAUGGGUGAGGCAGGCAAAUCAGGUGCGCCAGCUCGAUUCGGUGGCCCCUCUCAGCCGUCGUCCAUUACAUCUUCGCUGCAGGGUCAGACGUUCAAGCUGCCGUUGUCGCGCCAUCCUGUCAACUCCCAGCCUCUCUCCUCUUCUUCGAAGAUGGAGAACGAGGGCAUUUCUACGUCUAAGAGCCUGCCAAAGUCUGUAGACUCAAGUGAAGCUAUGGAUGAGGACGAGAAACAUGAUAGUCUCGUCGAAGAGAACUCCGACUGGUCCGAUGGGGACGCAGUCGCUCGCACUGGCCUACCACUCGCCUCACUCCCUUCAGGCUUAUGCUAUGAUGUGCAGAUGCGCUAUCACUGCGAGGUGCGGCCAACUGCAGACGUUCACCCGGAGGAUCCAAGACGAAUCUAUUACAUCUACAAAGAGCUGUGUCGAGCUGGACUCGUUGAUGAUCCUGAGUCCAGUCGUCCGCUUGUGUCUCGACCCUUAAAAAGGAUCAAUGCUCGCAAUGCUACUGAGGAGGAGAUCUCCCUUGUCCACACGCCUGAUCAUUAUGCAUUUGUAGAGAGCACUCAAGAUAUGACGGAUGAUGAGCUCAUCGCUUUGGAACAUACCCGUGAUUCCAUCUACUUCAAUAAACUCACAUUCGCAUCUUCAAUCCUGUCUGUGGGCGGGGCCAUCGAGACAUGCUUGGCUGUUGCUACCCGCCAAGUCAAGAAUGCUAUUGCUGUCAUCCGACCUCCUGGCCAUCAUGCUGAACAUGACAAGACUAUGGGAUUCUGUCUGUUCAACAAUGUUUCAGUCGCCGCUCGUGUGUGCCAGCAGCAGCUGGGCGAGAGUUGUAGGAAAAUCUUGAUCCUCGAUUGGGACGUUCAUCAUGGGAAUGGCAUUCAAAAAGCAUUCUAUGAUGACCCCAACGUUCUCUACAUUUCACUUCAUGUCUAUCAAGAAGGAAAGUUUUACCCGGGAGGCGACGAAGGUGACUGGGAACACUGCGGUGGCAGCGCCGGUGUUGGACGUAAUGUGAAUAUACCGUGGCCGAGUCAGGGAAUGGGCGACGGCGACUACAUGUACGCUUUUCAACAGGUGGUCAUGCCGAUCGCCCAGGAGUUCAAUCCCGACCUUGUCAUCAUUGCCUCUGGGUUCGACGCUGCCGCAGGUGAUGAGCUUGGAGGUUGUUUCGUGACUCCAGCUUGCUAUGCUCAUAUGACGCAUAUGCUUAUGACGCUUGCACACGGCAAGGUCGCGGUCUGUCUGGAGGGUGGCUAUAAUUUCCGGUCGAUUUCGAAGUCUGCUCUAGCUGUCACAAAGACUCUAAUGGGUGAUCCCCCUGAUCGCUUACAUUCCACCACCCCCUCAGAAGCGGCGGCUACGACUGUGAGACGCGUGAUGAUGAUUCAGUCUGCAUACUGGAGUUGCAUGUAUCCAAAGGCGCCGAAACAGGAGGGUCACUUCACUGACCGACUUCACGAUGUCAUCCGUGCCUAUCAAUCCAAGCAAUUGUAUGACAACUACAAAUUGACGUCACUCUACAUUUAUCGCACUGCUAUCUCGCGAUCAUUCGAGAAUCAAGUUCUUGCGAGUCCCAAUUACUACCAGGCCACGCCUUUGCUUGUCUUCUUUCAUGACCCACCCGAGAUCAUGGGUCUACCCCACCCGGUCACGAACAAACUCGAAGCUCAUAAUUGCUGGCUUGCUGAUGUAUUAUUGAAGGACUAUGUUGGAUGGGCUGUAGAGAAAGGUUAUGCGGUUAUCGACGUGAACAUUCCGAAACAUGUGACUGUUGAUUCGUCUAGCGGAAAGUACGAAGGCGAGGAUGAGAACAGACCUACCGCCACCGAGGAGCUCGCUGGCUACCUCUGGGAUAACUAUAUCGAACCCAACGAGGCUACUGAGAUCUUCUUUAUUGGUAUCGGCAACGCUUUCUACGGAGUAGCCAACCUGUUGAUCAACCGAGAGACCUUGUAUAAGCGGGUUAAUGGGGUGGUCUCGUUUGUGGCGGAGAAUCCUGUUCGUGCGGUCGCCUCCCACACGCAAGUCUGGCUCUCGCGGUGGUACAAAGAUAACUCGCUCGUAUUUGUCUCACACACGCAUGGCGUUUGGACGAGUCUCCAACGCAAGCCCUCCAAGCGCUACGGCACCCUGGUGCAGUCGCCCAAGGCGGGGCUGAGUGAGAUGCUCAUGCACCACAAGGAGGAGGUGUACCAGUGGAUCUCGGAGCGUGCGGACACGGCGGAUAGUGAAGAAACCGAGGACGAGAAGCCGACGAGACGCUCGCCUACUAAGGGAGCAACUGCCGGUGGGGAGGGUGGCCGUCGACCGCAUGCCAGCUGAGUUACCCGGAGGGAUGCUGAGAGUUAGAUCUAGAACUUGGUUGAAUUGGUUUGGUUAGAGGUCCAGUAGUUGUUCGCUUGUACCAAUCCGUGCGUAAGACGCAUACUUCGGAGGUUUGUUGUUUGUUGAAGAAAGUAUGGGUUGCAUACGCCGUGGUGUGAUGCAUGUCUUGGUUGUUGCAGGUCGCUGCUGUCCAGGGUCCAGUCACACCACCCUCACUCACACUCUGGGGGAUGAAUUCCCGGCCUCGUUCCUGACGGUACAUUGCAUCGCGGACAUUUUGGCCUGGCCAAAACGGCAGUAAACUAGUAAACGCACAGUCAGCAUCUACUUCCGGUGAUGAACCUCGAGACUCGUUAGGUACAAACCCAG